AAUUCCUUUUUGAUAAUUUCAUGCAGAUACCAAAUUUGGUGAAGCAUUCUACAUUAUUGCUCUAGUGUUGUUAUUGAUAUUGAAGGGCAGUGUUUUUUUGGUGAACUCUGAAGUGCAAGAAACAGACUUGACAUAAAUUUUAUCAAAAUAAUUAAAUGGCGAUGGAGUGCAACAAGGAAGAGGGAAUGAGAGCAAGAGACAUUGCGGAGAAUAAGAUGCGCAACAAAGACUUUGUUGGGGCACAAAGACUUGCGCUCAAGGCCCAACAGCUCUUCCCAAAUAUAGACAACUUCGUUCAGAUGUUAACUGUGUGUGAAGUGCAUUGUUUUCCUGAAGUGAAAUUCAAUGGUGAUCCAGACUGGUAUGGGAUACUUCAAGUUGAGCCUACAGCUGAUGAGGCAUUGAUCAAAAAGCAGUAUCGUAAACUAGCUCUUUUGCUUCAUCCCGAUAAAAACAAGUUUCCUGGUGCUGAUGCUGCUUUUAAGUUGAUUGGAGAAGCAAAUAGGACCCUCUCCGAUCAAGGAAAACGUUCUAUUCAUGACCUUAAAAGAAAUCCCAGGAACAUCAUCCCUGCUGCUGAAACAUUGUCAAAAUCAAGAGAAAAUGAAGUUGGCCAGGAAUCUGUGGAUGAUAGAAGUGAUGGUAAGACAAAUCAUGCGGAAACUGGCAAUGAAGUGAAGUUUGAAAAAUUGGAAAAUAGGAGAAAGCAGGCAGAAAAUCCUUCAGGUGGAAAUUCAAAUAGUAAGAGAAGCAUAACAAUUGUGGUAGUGUCCAGCGAUUCAGAGGUGCUAGACAGGAAGGGAGAGCAAAUGGCAGUCAUCUACGAAGAUCCACCAGGCAGAAGCGAAAGAUUUCCUGUACUGAAGCAGAGAGUGAUAGUGAUGUUGAUGACCCAUCCUCUCUGAAACCUUCAUAUUUUAAAAGGACGCCUCCUGGUUUUGAAAUGAGGACACCUCCUGGUUUUGAAAUGAGAAGGAAUGAGGAGAAAGGUGCACAUGUAAAUGAAGGGCUGAACAAAAAUGAGAUUAGUCCAGUGGUAGAUAGAGCUGGUUUGACAGAGGAGACACAAAAAUCCUACAAGAACAACAAUACAUGAUUAGGUACCACUUGUCCAAUUUAAAUAAGGGCAUUCCAUACUAAUCCAAACAACAUACAAUAAA